AUGAACUUUUCGGAAGAGUUCGCUAUUGAAAAAUGUCGGGCCAAGGCGCUGUGGAUGUUAAUCGCAAGUUCCCCUGAAAAUGUCAGCAUUAUUUUGCCGUCAGGCUACAUAUUCAACAAGAGCGAGGUGGACGACGUCUAUGACUACUAUCUGUUUGGAUAUAGUCUUGAAACUACAGUCGCACCAAUUCUACAGAUAAUCAUGGCCCUUCUCGGUAUAAUCGGCUCGGCGUGUAUUUUGAUCACCAUCACUCAUGAAAGUUAUAGUCAAGGUGUUACGUUUAAGAACUUUAUGGUCGCUCUCGCUGUAUCGGACAUGAUGUUCAACGUGUUUGGAAUACCGUUCACCAUCUUUAGUGCCACGUCCAGUUCCUACGGCACUCAAUGGGCAGCACUGCCGUAUAUAGUGCUAAUAACGAUGGGCAUUAUUAACGUUUCUUCUCUGUUCAGUAACUUAAACUCGUUGUGCCUCACCCUCACAAGGUACGUGAUGCUGGUGAAGCCCUUCUAUUGGAAAAGUAGAAGUAACACGUGGAAGCAACGAUUUUUUAUCACAUCGCUGCUCCUCAGUCUCACAAUGGCUGUCUUUAGGUUGUACCUUCCCCUGCAGUACCGAGUUGAGGCUGUCAAUGAAACGUGGGCCGGUGAGAAAUUAUUCGCUUUCCGAAGUUCUGCAUUUUACGACGCACCAUUGCAUCGAGUUAUGGGUUUAACAUGCGACAUCGUACUGCCGCUGAUUAUAUCCAUUUUGAUGCUCUAUUUCUCCAUCCAAAUCGUUGCCAUUGUCAAGAAGCGAAAGAAGAUAUUGCCAUCUGCAGGUUCCCCCUCCCAGGCGAAUAAAAUGACCGUACAUGCUGUCGCCCAGCAGGAGAAAACCAAAGACUCCGGCAACAUCAACAGACUCAUCUUCUGCACAGCAGCUGUGACCAUAUUGUGUGAAGUCGCCUAUAUUUACCUCUGGUUCUUGACAUUUUUUCUCGAUGAAGAUUCGCUGUCCUCCGACAGCUGCGUUGAUGCACACCUGGUCCAAACCAAGCUGCGGAAUUAUGUCGUGCACCUUAUUUCUGCAGCCAUUACGAAUUCGAUUGAAGCCUUUGUUAGAAUGUGUCAUUUCUACAACUACAUGAUAUUCAGUUCCGUUUUUCGUAGUCAGUUCAUGGAACAGAUCAAAUGUAAAAAUUAA